CCCUUGUGCUUCCUCUUCCAGCAGCGCCUGCGAUCAUGGCGGACGUAAUAGCGGAGCGGGUAGCAGAGCAGAAAGCGGUCCUGAACCGGGAGCUGAACGGAGAAGCGGAGGACCGAGAGGAGGCCGAUCCAGCGGAGGAAACCUCGAAAAAGAAGAGAAAAAAGAAGAAGAAGAACAAGUCUGCGGGGACAGGCACUGAGGCAGAGGUGGAGGCGGACGGAGUGGCCGAGGUGACCAAACAGCUGGAGAAGCAGGCGAUAGAGGACAAAGAGAAGGAAGAGGAGGGCGAGGAAGUCUUAACUUACACAGACGGAGACGAUGGAGAGAACUCUGCAGGAAAGAAGAAGAAGAAGAAAAAGAAGAAGAAAGGAACCAAAUGUCAGACUGAUCCUCCAUCUGUGUCCAUCUGUGAGCUCUACCCAAGCGGAGUUUUCCCCAUUGGACAGGAAUGUGAAUACCCUGUUGUUCAGGAUGGUCGCAGCGCCGUGUCACGCAUGACCAACGAGGAGAAGCGGGUGCUGGAUAAAGCUAAUGAGGAGAUGUGGAACGACUUCAGGCAGGCGGCCGAGGCACACAGGCAGGUCCGGAAGCAUGUCCGCAGCUUCCUGAAACCUGGCAUGACCAUGAUCGAAAUCUGCGAGCGGUUGGAGGACUGCUCUCGUAAGCUGAUAAAGGAGAACGGGCUGAACGCCGGCCUGGCCUUCCCCACCGGCUGCUCCCUGAACCACUGUGCUGCUCACUACACUCCCAACGCUGGAGACACCACUGUCCUCCAGUACGACGACGUCUGCAAGAUCGACUUUGGCACUCACAUCAACGGGAGAAUCAUUGACUGUGCCUUCACCGUCACGUUUAACCCAAAGUACGACAAGCUUUUGGAGGCCGUGAAAGACGCCACUAAUACCGGAAUCAAAAACGCCGGCAUCGAUGUGCGCCUGUGUGAUGUCGGAGAGGCAAUCCAAGAGGUGAUGGAGUCCUACGAGGUCGAGCUUGAUGGCAAAACAUACCAGG